AAAAAAUAUUUCUGCUAGAAAAAAGUUAGAAACUAAAAUAUAUACUGUAACGAAAUAUUAAUUUUUUUUUUUGAAGAAAAUGUCUUUCUUUAAAUCACUGCUGUUGAUUGUAAUUUCUUCCUUUUUCAUCUUAUGGAUAAAUGCACAACUAUCAAAAUUCAAAAAUUUGUCAAAUGAUGAUUUUGCAAAAUUAUGCGCAAAAAAUAAUGUGAAUCUUACAAAAUCUAAUGACAUUAGAAAAUUGGGAAAAUUACUUGUCGCUUAUAUUGAACCAAAUGAAAAUCCUGAAAAAAUGCAAAACUGUAUGAAUAGUACUCUACGAGAGGAACUUGAAUAUAAUAUGAAUAAUAUAGUAAAAAAAUGCAUUCAAGGAAGUAUUGAGUUAGAUGAAAGUGAAAUUCAACAACUCAUUGACGAAAGUGAAAAAAGAUAUUGUGGUCUCCAUCGAAUUGCUUGCUAUGAUUGGUAUCUUGAAGAUACUAUUGGUUGUCUUAAUUAUACAAUUUAUGGAAAUUGCGAGGAUGAAAUGUUCGAAAAGAAACUGGAGAACGUUGACGAAUUUGCUAAUUUAGGAUUAUCAUUCACUCCAAAAGGACUCAAAAAUUUCAUUCAAAUUCUCGAUUGCAAAGCAACCAAUGCUGAACAAAAUUGUAAUGAACAACAAACUGCAAGACGAAAACAAUUACAAAAUGAAUUCAUUGAUACUUUCGCUGUGAUUCGUAAAUGAUCGACUAUGAAAUUUAAUAUUCAAGAAAUUUGAAAAACUACGUAGCUAAUCACAUAAUUAUAAAAAUUAAUUACAAAAAACGAUAUAGGCAAAAAAACUUUUUCA